AUUCUCGUACAGAUGUCGUCGCAAGGGUGCGGCAUGCCCUUGGAAAUUUCCAACAAAACGGACCGGCGUGGUGGCAACGCGAGGGUACGAUGACCUGCUUGAUUUACGCGUUACGUGGCGAAUCGUGGUUGCGUUAUAGAACGUAAGGCGAGAUCCGUUGAAUUCUGUUUGGCCGUUAUGCCUCGUCGGAGCAUAUAGCACGGUUAUGGUAUGGACCCAACGAUAGAGUUUGAGCAAGGUUCGGGAAAGGGGAGGGGGACAGAGACGAACAAGCGAGCUAAUCUCAGGAAGAGAGACGGAGAGGUCGAGGAAAACGAGAACGAGCGAAAGUUGGAGCGAGAGGGAGAUAGCGUGCGCGCGAGCUGUCUCUCUGUAGAAAGAAAGAGAGAGAUAGGAAACGAAAGAGGGACCGAGAGAGGAAGGUAGAGCGAGAGAGGGAGGUUCGCAGUGGAACAGCGGCGCCUUGGUGGACCACGAGGCAACGACAAACGGCGCAUACAUCGCCUCGUGCGAACAUGGCCCGGAAGGUGCGCGCGAGGCUACUGCGCAGAGUCUUGUUUUGCUCGGCGGGACGAGGGGAAUACGGAGGCGGACGCGCGUUCACGGGGCAUGGCGUGGUGCGCGUUCUAGUAAACAACUUGUGUGCGACUCAUGCGGGGAAUCUGCGUCCCGAGUAAUCGUGAUUUUUCUGGUGAACAAACGCGAUACGCCGGCUCAGAAUGAAUAGCACCGCACGCGGAUAGAUCGUUCGCCGUGUGUCUCGCGAAACACGGUCGCGUACGUGGUAUUUUAGUGCGGUUUAACCAAGUUCGUCGGUCUCUCUGAGAACUCGACCGCGGACAACCUCGUGUGUUCCUCUCUCUCUGUGCGUAUGUGUUUACGUGUGUAGUGACUGAUACGCGUGUUUACAUAGAACAAGUGUUCCCGGUGUUGACCGAUAUCCAGUGUCAUCAAUCGACUUUCGAUUAGUCUACGAAGUCGAAGACGUUUCUCGCCGGCGAGCAUCCAGGAUUCACCUUUGUUCCACGUUGACACGGAUAUUAAUUGAUGGGAAUAUCGGCGGAGAAACAGGACGCGAAGACGAUUCGCAUAUGUCGACGGAAGUGUUAAGCAGCGGAGGUUGAAAGUGUUCUCGUAAAGGAGAGAGAAAAUCGACUGUGUACUGUGAGACGAGUGGCGAGGUCCUGUGGUUUGAUUCAUUAAAGUCAACUUGGAUCGAAGUCGAAAUCGAUGGCGCCAUUCAACCCAACUAGUCAUCGAUGUUAUUUCUUCAUAGUAAGGGACUGACACCUCAUCCUCAUCCUCGAUACAGGAUUGAGCCCGAACAACUGUACAACAGCGCGAGGAGAGAUGUCUCUUCUACCAUCGAUCGCAGGAAUCUCCAAUUGGUCCUGAGUCUCGUCGAUCUUCCUCGAAUCUUCAUCCACCGCAUCUUCGAUUCUUCUUCGAGUAAGAAAAAAAGAAAAGAAACACGUCCAUCGAGAAAUCUUCAAGAAGAACCAGAAGACUGGAUCGAGUUCGAGGAAGAUGAACGACAAGAUAGCGAGAGAGAGAGAGCCGUUUGAGUCAGUGUAGGCGAAAGACGGCAGAGAAGAAUAUCGAAUCCUGUUCUUCGAAGGUCCGUCUUCGAAGUGACGAUUAUCCAGAAAAUUUUUUGCCCAUCAUCUGCGAGAAAUCCAAACAUGGAGCCGUUAACGUGGUGCACGCGCAGGCUCGGUGGUAGCGUAGCGGCGUCCGAGGAGUCGACGAUCGCCGUGACUCUCGCGAAGGUUGCCGCCACGACCUCCUCCCGUCUCUCGACCAACGCUAACCCUGUCAACGAUUGUUCUUCCACCACGACCUGGAUCUGCGGAACCACCUGCCGUCUGACUGACACUAGCGAAGAUGCGAACAGUGUCCUCCGUCAUUGUCACUGUUGGUCAAGCAGUGCUACACCAGGACACGACGGACCGCCACUUUCUCUCUUCUUGCCGAAUCGCCAAAAUCAAAGCAACGUUUGCGAUCUCUGCGAGCGUCUUCGUGGACGAAGCUGCGAUUAUUCCACGCUAGACGAGAAAAGCACGGAAGGACGUUUCGAUCGAAUAACAAGACGCGGGCAACGACAAGUGGUGAAUCGUGACGUAAAUCACACGAUGAUUUCCUCCAAGAUAUCACAGCGCGACAGGUUGGUGUCUGACGCUUCUUCGACCAGCUACGUCUCCAGCGUCGUACGGUGGAGUUUAAGGCCGGAGAGAUCGUUUCGCUGGACCAGGCAGAAGCAUGCGUUAGCCUGGACGAUUUUGUUCCUAUUGGUACUCGUGCCCUCCACUUCCGCGAACCUGCAAAAGGGAAUGUCAAGAGGUUCCUCCAAAGAAGAGGGAGUGUGCCAAAGCAUAGACAUAAGAAACAGCGUGCGUUAUUUCUCAAGACUGAAGGGAUGCCGACUAGUCGAAGGCUUCGUACAAAUUUUGCUGAUCGACAACGCCGAGCCGUCGGAGUAUGCCAAUAUCUCUUUCCCGGAACUGAAAGAGAUCACCGGAUACCUGCUUCUCUAUAGGGUAAAAGGGCUGCGAAGUAUCGGUCGCCUGUUCCCUAACCUGACCGUGAUUCGAGGCCAUUCUCUGUUUAUAAAUUACGCCCUUGUCGCGUUCGAGAUGAUGAACCUGCAGGAGAUCGGGCUGCAUAGUCUAACUACCAUCGUAAGGGGUUCCGUUCGUUUCGAGAAGAAUCCCGCGCUUUGUUACGUGGACACUAUCGACUGGGACCUGAUUGCUAAGGCUGGCAAAGGAGAACACGUGAUCGCGGGGAACAAUCCGAGAAAUGGAUGCCCAGUGUGCGAGAAGCACUGUCCGCAAAGACAGACCAAGUCGGAUGAAUACUUGUGUUGGAACCAGCAACACUGCCAACAAAUCUGCGAUCGAAAGUGCGAGAACAACGCAUGCGACGAGUCCGGAACGUGUUGCCAUCCGUCGUGUCUAGGCACGUGCACUGGCCCGACGAAUCGCGACUGCGUCGUCUGCAAAGACGUGGUAACCGACAACAACGAGUGCAGGGAACAGUGCCCUAACGGUACCUUGGAAUUCAUGAACCAUCGAUGCAUCAACGAGGAGAGGUGCCUUGGAAUGCAGAAACCACGGGAAGUGUUCAACGUGAAGAACUACCCGUACAAAUCGUUCAAUGGAAGCUGCGUAAUGGAGUGUCCACCGGGCUACAUGGACGAAGAAUCAAAUGGCAAAGUGUCGUGUAAAAAAUGCGAGGGACCCUGUCAGAAAGAGUGUGCCGGAGCGAACGUGGACAGCAUCGCCUCGGCGCAGAAACUUCGUGGAUGCACUCACAUCACCGGCAGUUUAGAGAUCCAGAUUCGAGGUGGGAAAAAUAUCGUGAAAGAGCUGGAAGACAGUCUGAGCACCAUAGAAGAGAUCGACGGCUACUUGAAGAUCGUGCGUAGCUUCCCAUUGAUAUCUCUCAACUUCCUGAAGAACCUGCGAGUGAUACGCGGAAACGACAUCGAUAACUCAAAAUACUCGUUAUUGGUAAUGGACAACCAAAAUCUACAGGAACUCUGGGACUGGAGUUUGCACAAAGAUAUUAAAAUCCUGUCGAAAGGUGGCAUAGGAAAGAUCUUCUUUCAUCUAAAUCCGAAACUGUGUUUGUACAAAAUCGAGAUGCUUCGAGAGAAGGCGGGUUUACGACCUUUUACGGAUUACGAGGUGGCGCCUAAUAGCAACGGCGACAAAGUUGCUUGUAACGUAACCGAACUGAGGACCAGGGUUGGUAAGAAGUCACCGUGGGGUGCGGUGAUCGAGUGGGAACCGUUUAUUCACCACGACGCCAGGUCUCUUCUUGGAUACGUGGUAUAUUUUAUCGAGGCACCCAACAUGAACGUAACGAUGUACGAUGGUAGAGACGCGUGUGGUGGAGAUGGUUGGAAGGUCGAUGAUGUAUCCGCAAGUACAAAUACCACCCUGAUGGAAGGAUCCAAGUUUGGGUCUGGCCGACAGGAGAAGAACGUACAUACGCAUUACUUGUCUCAGCUGAAGCCAUACACGCAGUACGCUUAUUACGUGAAGACUUACACUAUUGCCACGGAAAGGUCCGGAGCCCAGAGCAACCUAACAUACUUCAGAACGAUGCCGGAAGCUCCUAGCUCACCCAGGUCCCUUAUGACUUGGAGUAAUUCGAGCAGCGAGCUGAUCAUGUCCUGGCUGCCACCUCUUCACAAGAACGGAAACCUAACGCACUAUCGGAUCUUUGGACGAUGGGAGCCGGACGACCCUAAUUUCAUCGAUCAGAGAAAUUAUUGCGAGGAACCUCUGAUGCUGACAGAUAAGAAGGCGCUCGCAGAGGAGGAGAGGAAACGAAUAGAGGAAGAGAAAGAGCAAAUGAUACCUGAAACUGGCACCUGCGAAUGUCCUGAUCGAGAAACCGAUCAGUCUCUUCGAGAGAAAGAAGCGUCCAGCGCGAUCGAAUUCGAAGACGCUUUACACAACCAGGUCUAUAUAAAACGAAAACCGAAGAAGAAGCGCGACGUUUCGGAGAUGUCGUUCAUUCUAUCCAGGAAAACGAAAUCGUUGGAUCGAGAUCAGCCUGUAAUGGAAAAGAUCGAGAACGGGACGUACAUAGUGUUCGAGCAAUUGGUGCCCAGCAUGAAUCUCUCCUUCGUAAUGAAAAACCUACGCCACUUUGCCGCUUAUAACAUCGAGGUGCAGGCUUGCAGAGCGCAAGAAAUGAACGACACUUACAAGAAAUGCUCCACCAAAAGUAUGAGAACCUAUCGCACGUUACCCCUGGAAAGUGCCGAUAACAUUCCUCCCAACACCUUCAAGAUGAGCAUAUCCGGCGAGAAUAACAGUCUCACCAUGGUUACUCUGCAGUGGGAUGAGCCACCUCAGCCCAACGGUCUGAUCAUCACCUAUCAGAUCGAGUACAAGAGGGUUGACAUACAAAACUACAAACCGACCGUGGUGUGCAUCACGAGGCGGGACUUCACAAAGGCAGGCAACUCGUACGUCCUUAAAGAGCUUCCCGCCGGAAACUAUUCCGUGAAAGUUCGAGCGACGAGUCUUGCCGGCUAUGGCGCCUAUACGCACGUAAAAUACUUCUACAUCGAGGAGAGAAACACCCUAAGUACUUUCUGGGUGAUAUUCUGGCUGUUAUUUUGCGCGGUCAUCGCGAUCGUUAGCUUCGUCUCGUUCUACGUUUGUAAACGAAAGUUCUUAAGGAACGUUCCUAAUGUGACGUUGAUCGCAACCGUGAAUCCGGAGUACGUGAGCACUCCGUAUGUGUUGGACGAGUGGGAGGUACCAAGAGAAAAGAUCGAGAUGCUGAAAUCGUUGGGAACUGGCACAUUCGGCAUGGUUUACGAAGGAAUAGCUAAGGACAUCGUGAAGGGUAAACCGGAAGUACGGUGCGCUGUGAAAACGGUGAACAAGGACGCCACUGAUCGGGAGAGAAUCGAGUUUCUCAACGAAGCAUCCGUGAUGAAGGGUUUCGACGCUCAUCACGUGGUCAAGCUUCUUGGCGUGGUAACUCGUGGGCAACCAACCUUGGUCAUUAUGGAGUUGAUGGUGAACGGCGACUUGAAGAGGUACUUGAGGAGUCACAGGCCAGGCACAUGCGAGAACAUGAUUAACGCGCCACCAAAAUUAGACAGGAUACUUCAGAUGGCCAUUGAAAUCGCCGAUGGAAUGGCCUACCUCUCUACGAAGAAAUUCGUGCACAGAGAUCUGGCCGCUCGGAAUUGCAUGGUUGCGGAAGAUUUAACGGUAAAGGUGGGAGACUUUGGAAUGACGAGGGACAUCUACGAGAGGGACUAUUAUCGAAAAGGAAGCAAAGGCUUAUUGCCAGUCAGAUGGAUGGCACCAGAAAGUUUGAAAGACGGUGUUUUUAGCAGUUAUUCGGAUGUGUGGAGCUAUGGAGUUGUGUUAUGGGAAAUGGUGACUUUUGCAUCGCAGCCAUACCAAGGUCUAUCGAACGAGCAGGUUCUGCGGUACGUGAUCGAAGGAGGAGUUAUGGAACGGCCAGAGAACUGUCCAGAGUUGUUAUAUGAACUGAUGAAGCACACCUGGAGACAUAAGGCGACCAGAAGACCCACGUUUAUGGACAUCGCGAGUAUGUUGCUAAAGCAUAUCGACUCGGACCGUUUCCAGAAUGUCAGUUUCUAUCACAGUGUAGAAGGAGUGGAAGCAAGGAACCAAAACAAGUCCAACUCACCACAGAUAGAUCAGCACUUGGAACUAGCUACAUUGCAAGAUCUACAAGAAGAGGAAGUGGAAGGGGAGGAAGAUUCUCCAUUGAGGCAGGAUUUCGGCGAUUUCGCGAGCUUCGAGCCAAACAGUAUUAAGAACAGUUUCAGUCCCCGUUUCAGAAUGGAUUCAUACGGCGAGAACUCGAAAACAAACUCGAACUGCCACGACAUGAACUCAUCGAACGUGCCGUUGAAGGCCGGUUUCGACGAUUUCGACGGUGUCUCUGCAGAUUCGAUUGCCUCGGGCAAAGACGUACUAAACCUGCCAUUCGUCGAGGACAGUUUAAAAUCUGUUAAGAGUUCGCCGUUUAUAAACGCGAAGAGCACCUCGCGAAGCAACUUGAGUCAACUAUCGAUCAGCAACAGAUCAGGGAGUCCGAAGAAUCCCAGCAAAAGAAGUUUCCUGAGCAGCCCAAAUUCUUCGAAGCUGGUGAAUCCAGAUUACGAGAAUGGUAGCCCAGAAAUUUUGUCGGCUGCGGAGAAGAGGGAAGCGGUGCCGCUGCGGGUCGACUUCCCAUCGAUGGACACCAUCAAUAUCGACAACGGUAUGGAGAAAAAGGAAAUGAAAUCACCGGUUGAGUACGUGAACAAACCGGAGACCUUAAACAAUGGCUACAUAAGUGGUACGACCACGUAGUGUUAACAUUUUCGCACCCUAAGUUCGUCGUUGCCCAAGCAACACGACGUCAAGGGUGCGACUGGAUCUACUGAAAGCGAUUUAAGAUCGCGUACGUGGACUGCUGGUGUCAGUCUCUGAACAUUGUGGUGAAAUUUAUUCGGGAAGGUCUGACACGAGACAUUGAAGAGUAUUCUGGAAUCGAACGAACCUUCGAAAGGGGCAGUGUCUGUAAGACGACUGGCGAGUCAGACUUUCCAACAAACGUUCCAAUAACUCUGCGACGCGUUUUCUACGUUCAUAUGCAUGCUCACAUCGCGCCUUCGACCGAGUGGUGUUUUAAAACGGCAAGUUCUAAGUUGUAAGUCGUAUUUUAAAUCUUUAGAUGCGUUUAAAUAUGUCCUUGUUUAUCCACUACGUUGACAAAUUAUUUUCGUAGAAAACGUGAACGUCUCUUGAUUUCGUCUCUCUAAGUAUCCUAUUAUUACGUUCGUAAGAUAUAUUACAUUAUAUAUAAACCCGUGUUUUUCAUUUGCGCGCAUCCGCUUGUUACAGCAGACACUGCCUUUUCACGCCGAAAGAAAGAAGCGGCUUGAAAGUGUGAGACGAAUUCGACAAUGUUUUCCGAAUACUCCGGAGAAAAGCGACGAGAACGAAACUAGCGUCCCCUUACAGGCCUGAUGAAUAACGGCCGAGGUAUGAUUAAAAAAACGCGAUUGCAUCGAAGAUUUGCGAUUUGCAGUUCAUGUUCUGUGCAUAUAUAAAUAUGUAUAUACACACACACAUAUAUAUAUAUAAUAUACAUACAUAAAUAUGUAUAUACAUAUAUGUAUAUUUAUAUGUGCACACACGCGCCUGUAUAUAUAUAUUCCGUUAAUGCGCUUUUCUUCGUUCGAACUAAUCGUAAGGUGAAGGGAACAUCGGCUUCCUUUCGUUGACCGCGUUUACAAAUCAAAGUGGCAAUUAGGCGAGCCAGCCGAUCGGUUACGGCGGUUUUAUAUUUUACAAGAAAUAGACGCGAAUCACUGUUUUAAUUGCCACUUUGCACGACUGUAGGCUUUUACGAAUGCCAUUAUUACCGUAGAUUAGGUCGUUCGACGAUCGUUAGAGAAGAAAUAUAUGUGGAAACGAAUCGAAUAGGUACGAAUCUUCUCGAGUUAUCCCAUAUUUUUAAAGAGAUCUAUCAACGAUAAAGUGUCAUUGUUAUUGUCAUGGACAGAUAUACGAAACCGGUUGAUACAGCUUCGUUCGUAUUCCUCUCGUUUUUAUUUCGUAUAUCGGAAGGUAAUCUUACAGGGGACGUGGUAUCCAGGGAAAUUCAACGUGUCUCCAUAUAUAUUUAUUCCUUGCGAUUUCCCCGUGGUGGCUGCGAGAAACCCAGUUACCGUGGCUCGAUUCAUUCGUUCGAGGGAAAUCGGGAUUCUGAAACAGAAAUCCUCGAAAUCGUGCAAUAGAAGCAUCGCUCGCGGCCUUGCGUUCGAGCGCUGUUCGCUACCCGUUGUUCUCUCGUUUGGUGCUAACACGAGCGUGUCGAAAAAGAAAAAAAGAAGAAAGAAAAGGAAAACGGUCGGUUAACGAACAAAGAGUUUCUCGCACUGCCGAAGGUUAAGGGAAAGAAAUCGAACAUCGGUUCAGAAGCGCGUUCCACCGUGCUUUUGAGUUAGGCGAGAGAACGUAGACUGUUUAGCUCGAGGCGAUAGAGUCCAGGUCGAUCGAAGCGAUCGAUCCUGACGCGUGUGAAAUCGUCAAAGUACGUCGAUAGCUAGAACGUCGAGCAAACCAGAAAAAAGAGUCCACCGCCAGCGACGCGAUACCGCAGUUUGAAUUUAGAUGUUAACGAGCCUCUAACAUAAGACUGAUUAGCUAAUCCCAUUUAUUACAUCCGUAUUCGCUGAGUAAGUUUACGACAUGGUAGAAGUUCCAUAUAUCUACAUACGUACAUAUACAUAUUUUUUCAUCUCCGUAAACGUUGCCCUCUCUUUUUUUUCUGUUUCAUGGAGCAUUCAUCACGAGACGGAUAUCGUCUCCUUUAUCUCCUCGAGACUACUUACUAUCGCUCGUACUUUGUUCCUUUCUCGCGUCCUUCGCGCGCUGCUGGAAUCGAACCGAGUGUUUCGCAAGCAGACGAAAGCGGAAGCAGAACGAAAGUCUGUUCGAGAGAUGAUCCGCGAUAUCGACGAGGCGCGAUCGAAGGAAGCGGAAAAUCGAAUUCCGUGGGAACGUGAGUUCGGUAAUCUCGACUGGUUACGCGCCCGAGACAAUUAACCAGCGUAAGGGAAAAAACUUGAAACACGCGUUUGUCCGUUAGUCGUCCGGCGUUGGCCCGUAGAACGCGUUUCGAGAAAAAGGAAACUGGAAUUCGAUUCGUCGACGUUUACGGCGCGCGCCGUUUUCACUCGGCCAUCCUCACGGAACGCUCUCUUUGCCUUCGCGACCGAAACACCGCUACGCAUUCGAUGGCCAGAAGCUAACCGCUAGAACGAGAUUCGAGCACCAGUGACCUAAUGUCAAAGUACCUACUCUAUCCGUAACGCUUUGCGCAUUAUUCGUGCGUCAUAGGUCGAAGCAACGAGAAUCGUACAAAAACACGCGACAGAGCUGCGAUUCGAGAGCAAGACCGCGCGUGUUCCUGCUCGACGCGUCCGCUCGCGGACGAGAGCGCGAUCGACAUCGAAAUGAAGAUCGAAAUCGAGAUCGAGUCGACUGUAUGUUUUCAGGAGUGCGAUUUAUUUUCGUACGCGUGAUCUGUUAACGAUGCCAAACCGUGACGCAUGGCGUGAUCGUCGAUUCUUCCUCGAUAUUCGCGUCUUUCCUCGGAUUACCCGUCGCAUCAUCUCGUCGCGUCGAAGUGCCAACAUGUCGAAAUGUGUAUGCGCGAUUGGCCAAUGAAACGCGACGAGAGAGGACGAGGUAAAAGUCGCGAUCGCUGCAAUCCUUCUGAUCGCUCGAUCGUGUUCGAGGAUCGCUGAGAAAGCAUUUUUGCCCUUCGCAGCUCUUGCUGUUUCGCCUAACGUUUAAGGCGACUCUUGUUCUCGAAACUGUUCCGUGAAGCGUCGAGCGAGCAGAGACUCGCAGGAUGUCAGUUCUAGGAAAGAACGGAUCGCGCGGUUUGAUUCGUCGAGAGGAUCGGCCGCGCGGUUGAUCGUUGUAUUAUAAAACAAUGUGAAGCCUCGCUCGUAUUCUAAAGUAUUUAGUGUAACUCGAAUAAACAGUUAACGCUUAGACCGUACGCAUACGUGGCGCGCGUGCAGCCGCGCGUCGUCCUAUGCAUACGGCAUUGUAAGAUUAACCAGAAAUGUUUCCUACGAAGUGACGAGUUCUCUCUAUAUCAUACAAAGUGGCUCGUGGCUCUAAAAGAAUGAAGUUUCUUAGGCCUAUAUAGUUUUGAGACCGUGUAAUAUAUAAAAUAUAUUAUAUAUAUAUAUAUAUAUUAAGGACGAAGAAUCUGGUAUUACAGAGAUAACGCGUAAGAUUAUGAGAACGACUGCGACCGCGUGUAUCCGUUGAAAGAAGAAAACUAGAAUAAUCGUGUGUCUGCGAAGAAAAUGAUUGACUGUGAAACGACGAGUGCUUGUGUGGCUUACUUCGCGACGCAAACGCGUGAAAUCGAUGCUAGCGAUCGCAGCGAGACAGAAAUUUCAACGGGUGAUAAGCUCGUCUGGCCUGUAUCGAUAUGAUACGUAUGUACUCUGUAUCGAUCACCUAGCCGAACUGAUGCACGUAAUUUCGUUGUCACCGCGAGAACGCGAUCGGUGAACUGUUUCGACGAAAGAGGAUGAGCGACCGUUCGAAGGAGACGUUUGAAAGGAACUGUUUCCACGCGAAAGCUAUCAAAAACCGUUUCAAAAUUCAUCGAUGGUUAAACGUUGACAGUUGGACCUAUCGUACGUUCAACAGAUUCGGCUGAACGAUGAGUAAAUUCAUUCCUCGAUUCUUUCUCGGCGCCUCUUGUUUUCCAACACUCGCGUUCAUUCGUGGGAAAUUUUCUCUCCUCAGACGAACGCGUCUAAUCGCUCGCCAUUUUCCAAAGGAUCCGCGUUCGAUUUGGCGCGCUCUGUUUCCGUUUCCAGCGAUUUUUUACCCGUUUUUUCCCUCUCUGUCCUUUUUUCUAUGUUUAACACAAUGGUUAAACGUUUUCGUUAACGUUUGCAUUUCGUCAACUUUUUUUUUCUUCGUUGUCUUUUUGGGACCGAUUCGCGAUAAUACGUCUACUUUCGCGGAAAACGUAGCGGCGUAAUUUAAGUAACACACCGAGGACUGCCCUCUUGUUCCUAUUCCAUAUCCUUUCUUUUUACUCUUAACACUGCAAUUUACGUACGAUUAGUCAUGUACAUACAUAACACGAGUAACCUAAGAUUUUCUUGUAUUUACGUUUAGAUUUUUAGGUAAAGAUAACACAUUUGACAAACAAAAAUUUCGAUUCCGACAACACCUUCCUUCGGAUUUAUCUUCGACUGUAACUCGUCUAGUAUUCUUUUUCGACACUUUUUUUUUCUCCCUCCCUCUCUUUCUCUCUCUCUCUCUUUCUAUCUCUCUCUUUUUAACAUAAUCUCGCGUUCGUUCGCGUGCGAAACUGCCUCUUAGUUAGUUCUGGCCAAAAGACAACGUUUUCUCUCACGACUGCUCAAUGUUAGAUUGCUCAAGCUCUGGUCUGAUCUGUAGUUAGCGUGAAAUCAAUCAGGGAAAUAUUGUCACAAGUCCUCCGUACCGAGAAUCGCAUUGACGACGACAGUGCACAAAAGAAGGAAGAGGAAAUCGAACGAGAAAGGAAAUUCCACGCAUAUUCCUUGAACAAAAUAAUAGUCUCUUUCUCUCCCUCUGUUUCUUUCUCUCAUAUUCCUCUCGUACACACGCGCGUUUCAUUUUACCAUUUUUAUUCCCGUGCUCCUAUUAUUUUUCGGAAUCAUUUUUCGUUCCCUCUUGUUUUUCUCUUUUCCUGUCUGUUCUUGAAAACUUUUACUCGUAGUAUCUGCGAUACCACCAUAUACGUUUAACGCCCUUCUAGAGGAAAAAAAAAAAGAAUGAAGAAGAAAGAAACACUGACACCGACUUCCUCGGAGAAACCACUAAUUUUUAUAUAGGGAUCUUGUAAACGAAGUUUUUCUACGCUGACCGUAUUUUGCAUAAGGACAAAAAAAGAAAAAAAAGAAGAAAAGAAAAGAAAGAAAAGAAGUCAAAAGAUAUU